AUGGAUCAACUUGGAAAUCCAAACUCUUUAUUAGAUAAUAAAAAUAACGACAAUAAUAAUGUCGUUACAACAAAUACAUCAAUACAAAAAAAUAGAUUUCCAUCACUGGCAUCUUUAUCAAAAGAUCAAAAGGCUUUAAUAUCUAUCACAGGUUCACAUGGAACCGAUAUAAUUGGAUGUGUACUAGAAUGCAUGGCCAAACAUGAUUAUGUAAUCGAAGAUUUCAAUUUAUCCAGACUUUACCAUAAGGUCACAUACAGUGUUUUGAUCACUCUAAAACGUGAGAAUGCAGAAGAAUUAUUUAAUGAUGUUUCUGAUGCAGCUAAAAAAUGGGAUGCUAGUUUAGCUAUCGAUUUACAAAAUUUUGCUGGUGAUCAAGAUAAACCACCAAUAUCAUUGGAAGAUGCUCCAUAUGUCAAUCGAGUUAAAUAUGCCGCAACCAUUCUAAAUCAGAAUGGACUUGCAACAAAAUUUAUGAAUGAAUGGACAAAGUUAUUACUACGAGAGAAAAUAUCUGUAGAAAAAAUGCAAAGAUUAAAUGAAGGAAGGAUGUUAACUUGUGCUGAUUAUAAACUUUCGAUACCUUUAGAAACUGAUUUCGAUAAAUUGAGACGAGACCUUUUUCAAUUAAGUAGAAGUUAUUACACUGAUGUUGCACUUCAACCUUAUGAUAUAUUUAGAAGACAUAAAAGGUUGGUGGUGUUUGAUAUGGAUUCUACGUUAAUUGAACAAGAAGUAAUUGAUGAAAUUGCUAGGCUGGCUGGUGUUGUAAAUGAUGUAGCAGAGUCAUUAAAACGACGUGUCUUAUUAUUAAAAGGAACAUCUGUUGAUGUUAUAGAGAUUGUCAAGAAAAAUCUUACCUCUGAACUUGGAUUAGAUUAUGCUUUUGCAAACGAGUUAAAAGUAUCACCUGAUGGUUUAACGUUGACUGGUGAAACAAUUGGGCCGAUAAUUGAUGGGCAACGUAAGGCAGAAUUAUUGGAAGUGAUAGCUCAAGCUGAAGGCGUUGCGUUGAAUCAAGUUAUUGCUAUUGGUGAUGGUGCAAAUGACUUAUGGAUGUUGUCUAAAGCUGGUUUAGGCAUUGCAUUUAAUGCAAAACCACGAGUUCAAGAAAAGGCUAGUACUAGAAUCAAUCAAAGAAGUUUAAAGUAUGUGCUAUAUUUAUUAGGAUAUACAGAUGAAGAUGCCAAACAAUUGUAUUCCACUGAUAAUUGA